AUGCGAUCACUGGAAAAAACAAGUCAUUGUGUUGCCUUCCCUCGGUCGAGUCAGAGACGCUCCAAAAUGCAGCAUCUAAUCCUGCCCGUUCUCCUGGCAUCCCUAUGGACCCUCUGCACAGGAGCAGGAGAUUGGUGCUAUCAGUCCCAGUUCACCUGUGAUCAUCAGUGCAACACACCAGAAAAGUGGAAUCAUGCCAACAGCGAAUGUGCAGGAAAACUACAGUCACCCAUCAACAUUGUCACCAGAAAGGCUCUCACAGACGAGCGUCUGACUCCUUUCCAGUUCAGCAACUACCAGCAGAUCUUCAGAAACACAAUCAAGAACAACGGCCACUCAGUUCAGGUUGAAGUCCCUCAUGUCGCCAUCAUCUCAGGUGGAGGCCUGCCGACCAGCUACAAGGCUGUGCAGUUCCACCUGCACUGGGGCGUCAACGGAGGGCCCGGCUCCGAACACACCAUCGAUGGGGAGCAGUAUCCCAUGGAGCUGCAUAUUGUUCACAUGAAGCACCACUACUCCGAUCUAUCAACAGCACUAUCUGACCCAGAGGGAGUUGCAGUCCUUGGGUUUUUCUACGAGAUGUCCAAAAGUGCAAAUCGAAAGUAUGACUCCAUCAUCAACGCUCUGCAAAGCAUCAAAACCACACACAGCAACACAUCUCUGCUUCCCAUCUCCUUGGCGCAGCUGAUCCCAACUGAGCAGAAUAUGACUACCUAUUACCGCUAUAAGGGCUCCCUGACCACCCCAGGGUGCACCCAGGCUGUGAUUUGGACAUUGUUUGAGAACCCCAUCCCCCUGAGCAUUGACCAGCUGCAGGCAUUCUCGCAGCUCAAGUUCCGCGAUGGGAAGCCGAUGGUGGGGACCUUCAGGCCGGUGCAGCCCCUAAACGGCCGGAUGGUGUUCCGGUCGGGAGGCGCGGUGAUCCUUGCCAGCUCUGCCCUCCUUGUGGCUGCCAUGGCCAUGGCCUUGGGACUGUCCCAGCCCAACUAGAGCGAGGCAUCCCGUGCUGCACUACGACACCCAUGAACACAAUAAGUUCUGUAUCACUCCUCAGCUGAACCCUGGUUUGUAACAUCUUCAUCGCAUGGUUGCUAAGAUGAUCGACCACGUCGUAGUGCAGGCAUGACUCACCU